ACUUGAAGACAUCUCACUAUUUUUUUUUUCUGUCUUUGUUUUUUGUUUAUGAGCCUAUUAUCCUCUUGUACACAAGUUAGAAACAUUGCUAGACCAUUAUACUAUUUGACAAUGAGCUCAAUUAACCCCCCAAGCUCCAGUUUGAAUUCGAUUGCAAAUACCAAUAAAACCUCUUCCUUAGCUCAACUAAACCAGAAGAGAAAGACUUCAAAAUCAUCGUCCAAAAAGGAAUCCUUUAGUUUAAAGACUCCAAAGGGCACUAAAGAUUUUUUUGGUGCAGAUUUGCUACUCAAAACCAAAAUAUUUGAUAUUUUAAAAGAUGUUUUUGUACUUCAUGGUGGAUCAUCGAUUGAUACACCGGUUUUUGAGUUAAAAUCAAUUCUUACAAAUAAAUAUGGUGAAGACUCUAAACUUAUAUACGAUUUAAAAGACCAAGGUGGCGAGUUGUGUUCCCUAAGAUAUGAUUUGACGGUUCCCUUUGCUCGUUUUGUUGCACAAAAUGACAUCAAAAAUAUCAAAAGAUAUCACAUCGCCAAAGUUUAUAGAAGAGAUCAACCUGCCAUGACUAAAGGAAGAAUGCGAGAAUUUUAUCAAUGCGAUUUCGACAUAGCUGGUAUAAACUAUGAUAAAAUGGUACCAGAUGCUGAAAUUCUUAAAAUCUUAGUUGAAGGUUUGACUAAACUAAAUAUUACUGAUUUUAGAAUUAAAUUAAAUCAUAGAAAAAUUCUAGAUGGAAUUUUCAAGGUAUGUGGUGUCACUGAUUCAGAUGUUAGAAAAGUAAGCAGUGCUGUCGAUAAAUUGGAUAAAGAAUCUUGGGAUGAAGUUAAACGGGAAAUUGUUGAAGAAAAAAAUCAGUCGAAGGAGGUUGCUGACAAAAUUGGUGAAUUUGUUAAAUUAAAAGGCGGUCUAGAUGAGAUUUUGCCGAUUUUAUUAUCUAAUGAAGAGUUAAUGUCUAAUCCACUUGCCAAAGAAGGUAUUGAAGAAAUGAAAUUAUUAAAUGGCUAUAUUUCUGUUUUCUCUAUUUCUGAUUUUAUAUCUUUUGAUUUAUCAUUAGCAAGAGGCCUUGAUUACUACACGGGAUUAAUUUAUGAAGCUGUUACUGUUGAAAGUAAGGCUCCUCAAAAUGCCAAAGAAUUAAAAGAAAAAAGCAAAAAACUUAACGAUAGCCAAACUGACGAUGCCUCUAGUUAUGUUGGUGUUGGCUCAAUUGCUGCUGGUGGCCGUUAUGACAAUCUUGUUGGCGAUUUUGCAUUGUCAAAUGGAAAGAAAAAUAUUUCAAUUCCAUGUAUUGGUGUUUCUUUUGGUGUGGAAAGAAUUUUUUCCAUUAUUUCUUCAAGAAUUGAUACUAAAAAUAAAGUUAGGAGCUCUUCAACAGACAUUUUUGUCAUGUCCUUUGGUGGGGAUGGCUUAUUGAAAGAACGAUUACUAAUUUCCAAUUUGCUAUGGUCCGCUAAUUUGAAAACAGAGUUUGUUUUUAAAAAGAAAGUAAACGCAAGAAAACAAUUUCUUGCUGCUGAAAAAAUUGGUGCUUCAAUAGGUGUAAUAAUUGGCCAAGAAGAAUAUGUCAAUGAAAAUAAAGUUAGAGUAAAAGUAUUAGGCGAGCAUGAAAACAGUAAUGAAGGUGAAUUAGUUGAAGUUGAUAACUUGAUUUCUUAUAUCAAAAACAAAUUAAAUGAAUUGAAUGGAAAUCUGGAACUAGAUGAAAUCUCUAGAUUGAUUCAAGGUUUGUAGAUUAUUAAGUAGUGAAUUGUUUAAAAUAUACUUGAAUUUUAAUAGUAUUUAACAUUAAAGAUGGCCGAAUUUCUUAAAUAUUAUACCAAAAAGAGUUGUUGAAUUUUGUAGUAUAAUAGAAGAUAGUUAUAACCAAAAUCUGUUUUAAUUACUAAAAUAUGAACAACGGCAGGUCUAUAUAUUUUACCUCUUCAAAAUUGCAUAAAGCUUAACUUUUUAAUUUUUCUUAUAUUUAAUAUGAAGGCAUCUAUAAUUUUUUUUUUCUUGUU